AUGAAGCGUAAAGUCAACGGCGAGGAUGAGCCUCCUGCGAAAAAGCGCAAUGUGUCUGCCCAUGCGCCGGUUGAUCUCACGUCUGCCUUUCGACCCGAUCUCUUCGAGAGCAAGACCGUUCAAGCCUUUCGCAAGAACUACGAGGUUGCAGGCCCAUAUCCUCAUGCCGUGGUGCCCUCCUUAAUCCAGGGGCCCCUUCUACGGUCCGUCCGUAGCGAGAUCAUGAGCCAUAUCCAUUUCACAUUGAAAGAGACGGACAUUUAUCGAAUCCACCAGUCCGGCGACCUUGCGAACCUGUCCAACCUUGAUUCCGAGUCUCUGAAACAUCUUCCCAACCUGGUUCGCCUCCGAGAUGCCCUGUACAGCGCCGAGUUCCGAGAAUGGGUUUCUACCGUCACCGGGGCGGGAAAGGUGUCGGGGAAGAAGACGGACAUGGCGGUUAAUGUCUACACACCGGGCAGCUACCUGCUGUGCCACGACGAUGUGAUUGGAAGUCGAAGAGUCAGCUACAUCUUAUAUCUGACGGACCCGGAUCAUCCAUGGCGACCGGAAUGGGGUGGUGGUCUAAGACUAUUUCCCACGGAGACCAAGAAGAACAAAGCUGGCGAAGACAUCCAGGUCCCGUUGGCAGAGCACAGCUUGACCAUUCCUCCCGCCUUUGGACAAUUGAGCUUCUUCGCUGUCCGUCCGGGAGAGAGCUAUCACGACGUCGAGGAGGUCUAUUACGGACCCAAUCUUGAAGCUGAUGGAGGCCGGAUCCGCAUGGCUAUCAGUGGAUGGUUCCACAUCCCGCAGGAAGGGGAGGACGGGUUCGAAAAAGGCAUCGAACAGGCGCAGGCGCAGAAGUCCAGCCUUGCUCAGCUGAAAAGUGCGGCGACCGAAUUUGACGAGCCGCAAUUGAUAUUCCGACAUUUUGACGAGCCCCGAACCGUGAUGGAUAGUCGGGCGUCAAAGAAGGAACUGGAUCCUGGGGAGGAUGGAGACACCGACGAGGCUGAACUCACGGAGCAAGACCUGACUUUCCUGCUUCACUAUAUCUCUCCGAGUUACCUGACGCCGGAUAUGAUCGAGGACUUCUCGGCUUCAUUUGCCGAGAUGUCUGUGCUGCAGCUCGAGCAGUUCUUCUGUCAUAAGUUUGCGGAAGAACUCAAAGAGUACAUCUCCAGCGUUGAGACUGAGGGGCCGGAUACUGCCUCUUCCCAAUCAAAGUGUCAUCCUUCGAACUGGGCUGUAGCUCGUCCUCCCCAUAAGCAUCGGUUUGCCUAUCUUCAGGGAGCCGAGGCGUUGCAUCGAGACAAGACCCCCAUCUCGCGCGUCCUGACCGACCUACUGCAUUCGCACGCCUUCAAGAAAUGGCUUGCGCUAGUCACGGGGCUGAAAACAAAAGGUCUGGUACGACAGAACAUGAUUGCCAGGAGAUUCCGACGAGGAAAGGACUAUGCCCUGGCCAAUCCUUUUCUGGGCGAGCAGCCGCAAUUGGAGUUCACCAUCUCGAUCACGCCUAGCAAAGGAUGGGAGAGGGAUGAGGGCGACGACGAGGACGGGCAAGGGGAAGAAAGGGAGGCCAUGUCUCACGGCAGAAAAACGCGUAACAACGGCGCUGUGGACAGCAUGUCUACUUCAACGUCUCAUGCAAAUGGAGACAGUGGCAAGGGAAAAGACAAAGCCCGCGAAGUCGAAAGGGUCCAGGUCACUACAUCUGAGGAAAUCGAGUUCGGCGGCGAGGAGGUCUACAUGGCCGGUGACGAUGACGACGACGACAAGGCAUCGGUCCACUCCAAGUCUCUUCCUAGCGUGGGCAAGAAAGCCGACCCGGCCGUCUACAAGUCCUCCACGGGCGAAGAUGAGGACGACGGCAUCUUGUUUGCGAAUUCGGCCUCUUGGAACCGGUUCAGUGUGGUGCUGAGGGACAAAGGGACAUUGAGAUUCGUCAAGUACGUGAGCCAAGCGGCCACAGGGGACAGGUGGGACAUCAAAGGCGAGGUUGAGAUUGCGGAGGACGCCUGGGACGACGACGACGAUGCGGACGAGAACGAGGAUGAGGAGGAUGAGGCAGGACCAAGUCGUGAGAUUGGUACUGAUGAGGAGGAGGAGGGAGAUGAGGACGACGAGGCCGAGGAUGAAUAG